CCGCGGGGUUUCCAUGGCGACGGAUCCCCUGGCUUACCCGAGGUGCUCUCAUGGCGGCCGCGACGCUGCCUUCGUCGUCCUCGGGAGCAGCUGGCGACGGCAUUCAAGCCAAUUCCAAAUGGCUGGACGCCCACUACGACCCGGUGGCCAGCCUCUACACAUUUUCCUCUUGCGUCACCCUGGCUGACCUGCAUGGUGAUGGAGACUGUAAGCUGGUGGUGGGCGACCUGGGCCCUACAGGUCACGAGAUGAAGCUGAAGGUGUACCACGGCAUGGACCUCCUGAGCGAGAAUGUCUUGUUGGACUUGCCCACAAGCGUGGCUGCCUUCCUGAUGGAGCGUCAUGAACUGUGUGUUCCUGCUGUGGGGGUGGCUGCCGGUCCCUACAUCUACGUGUACAAGAACAUGCGCCCCUACUUCCGCUAUGCUCUGCCCCCCUUGGAAGUCAACUCCACAGAGAAGGAUGUCUGGGAGCAGGCAAAGGAGGACAAGGUUGACCUCCUGUCAAUGAAGGAGACACUGGAGAUGAUCCGGGAAAACGCGGACAGAGAAAAUACGGAGCCGCCCUUGUCAGUGCAGUCCUUGAGGUUCCUGGCCCUUGACCCUCCUGAGAUGGAGUCCUUUGUGAACCAGUAUAAAAUGCAGCCGCUCAAGCGCCAGUCACUGAUUACCUGCAUGACUACCCUGAAGAAGAGCGUGGCAGACGAGGGCUCUAUCAGCUGCCUGGUGCUUGGGACGGAGAACAGCGACAUCAUCAUCUUGGACCCUGAGCCCUUCAGUAUGCUGGUGCAGACAAAGGUACCAAGCGUGCCAGCCUUCCUGGAUGUCACUGGGCAGUACGAUGUGGAGUAUCGGCUCAUUGUGGCCUGCCGUAAUGGGUGCAUCUACAUCCUCCGCAGGAACUCCAAGCGACCCAAAUACUGCAUUGAGCUGAGUUCUCAAGCCGUGGGCUUGUCCUGGGUCCAAAAGAACAUUGUGGUGGCCUGCUCCGACGAAACCCUUCAAAGCUUUACUCAGAAGGGGAAGAAGCUCUGGGUGAUCCCAUUGCCAGCCACCCCCAUCACUUUGAGUCUCAUAGAUGAGAAGUUUCAGAGCUUCCAUGCUGUGCUGGUUGCCUUGGCCAAUAUGGAGGUGCACAUAUACCAGGACAAGAACCUUGUGAACAUCAUCCAAACGCAGGACGUUGUCAGCAGCAUCUGCUUUGGCCGCUAUGGGAGGGAAGAUAACACGCUUGUCAUGACCACCAAAGGCGGGGGCCUGAUCAUCAAGAUCCUAAAACGCACCGCCACGUUUGACAAGCGCGACGCGGUUGUGGGAGCCCCCGUCGCCCAGAGCAUCAAGCUCAACGUGCCCAAAAAGACAAAGCUGUACGUGGACCAGACGCUGCGGGAGCGAGAGAGUGGCGUGGCCAUGCACCGGGUGUUUCAGACGGACCUGAGCCGCAUCCGACUCAUGGCGGCCCGAGCCUACGCCCAAGCGCUGCAGUGCAACAUGACGCCUGUCUCCGAGUCGGCGCAGGAGCAGCUGAAGAUGAACGCUGUGGUCCAGGGCAUGGGCCCCACCUUCAAGUUGACCCUUAACCUCCAGAACAUGUCAGAUACCCGUGCAGUCGCCAACCUUCUCAUCAGCUUCCUGUAUGAUGAAAAUCUCUAUUCCAUAGAGCAUCCUUUCUUUAAGACUCCCAUGUUGGUUCCAGGAUUGAAUUACCCUCUGGCCACCUUUGUGGAGUGUCUGAGCGAACAAGGGACCUCAGAUAUUAUUAAGGUGUUCGUGUUGCACGAGGGGGAGCCUGAGCCGCUGCUGACGGCGCACAUCAACAUGCCUGUCAGCGAAGGCCUGGCGGCCGUGUGAGCUUGUUUCCAACCCACCUGUAGUCUUCUCCCUGGGCUGUGUGCCUCAGCGGUAGCAUAGACUUUACCUCCGUCAGUUCUGGGAUGGGUCACCUGGAGAGGAGCACCACCCUAGGAUAGCCGGCGUCAUUUGCAAUGGGGUAUGCGGAGUUCCUCCUCACACUGAGGAAGAGCCCACAUCCAGAGGCCGCCACAGAAUUAGCCACAGCUUGUCUUCUGGGCCCAGAAAUGGAGAGGUGGAACAGCAAAUUAAGGCCAGUGGUUCAAUAAAUGUUAUUUAUUCUUA